CUGCUCCAGAGCUAGUUGCCUGGCCCUCCUCCUGUCGUCCUCAUAGCUGGUAGGAGGCCCCCAGCCGCCCAGGAGCCGCUGCCUACCUCCAGGAGGGCAGGCAGCAGCGCCUGGACGAUGCGCUCAGUGGCUUUUGGCACUCUGAAGGCGGUGCUCUUCAUCUGCGCGUCCGUGUGCGCCUGGUACUCCGGGGCCCUGCUGGCGCAGCUCAUUCCAGACGUCCGCCUGUCCGGUGUUGCGUACCACCUCCGGAGCAUCAGCGAGAGGCCAGUCCUCAAAGCCCCAGUACCCAAAAGGCAAAAAUGUGACCACUGGUCCCCGUGCCCGGUGAACACCUAUGCCUACCGGUUGCUCAGCGGUGGGGGCAGGGACAAGUACGCCAAAAUCUGCUUUGAAGAUGAGCUGCUCAUAGGAGAAAAGGCUGGAAAUGUUGGGAGAGGAAUAAAUAUUGCCAUUGUCAAUUAUACGACUGCGAAAGUCAUAGCAACACAGUAUUUUGAUAUGUAUGAAGGUGAUAACUCUGGAGCCAUGACAAAGUUUAUUCAAGGCGCUCCUGUGAACUCCCUGCUCUUCAUGGUGACCCACGAUGACGGCAGCAGCCAACUGAAGGAAGACGCCAAGAAGGCUAUAGAAGGACUGGGAAGCAAAGAAAUCAGGAACAUGCGGUUCAGGUCGAGCUGGGUGUUUCUCACAGCGAAAGGCUUUGCACUUCCUGCAGGAAUUCAGAGAGAGAAGAUCAACCACUCUGAUGAUGCACAUAACAGAUACUUAGGCUGGCCCGCAGAAAUACAGAUAGAAGGCUGCAUACCGAAAGAACCAAGCUAACGUUAUGUAGAC